AUGACGACCGAGCUCAUAGCGACGCAUCGGGACAACGCCGAGGUCUACAAAGGGGACUCUCUGUGCAAGCUCAAGUCCCGCGAGCUCCUCUCCGAGAUCAACCUCCCCAAGGACCCUCUCCCCCUGGAUGACAUCGUCGAGGUCGGCUACAACCGCUCCACCGGUUUCGUCUGGGUCCAGCAGCGCAAGCCCAAGGUCCAUCGCUUCCACGCCAUCUCCUGCAGCAUCUCCUACGAUGCUGAGAUCACCGCCUUCGUCGGGGACCGCCAGAUGAUGCGGCUCACCGGGGUCAAGAGCAAGGAGCUCCUGUUCUAG